GCCGCCAUCAAAAAAUAGAGAAGACGUGUUUUUAUUUUAGAAUACAUUUUACACACUUAUAUCCUUUUAUGAAAGUAUUUUCAAAACGAUAUAACAAUGCCGAAGUCACGAAGACCUAUGGCACCAUAUGAGAGAACGAUAUUUCGGUCCUCGUACGCCAAACAAUCGACAGCAAAAGGAUGUGUCCGCUUGUCACAGGUUCCUAUGGACAUGGUCUAUGAUAUGAGUGAUCGGUUCCAGAUGGGAGAUGUGCCUGCUUUAUUAACAGAACUUGACAAGUGCAGCUAUGGACCAGGAUUUGAUGCCAAAAUAUGCAUGGAUUCUUUAAAGAGUAUUUUGGGUAGCCUCACCAACUAUGAGAGCAGACGUGCCCAGGAUGAUGUUGGGGCACAGGAAGAAACUGCUAAAACAGCAAAAGCUUUAAUUGAACAUGAUGGUGUCAAUAUUUUAAUGAAAGUAAUUAUGUUCGAAUCGGUGCUUCCAUUUAAUGCAGUUAAAUCCAAAGAAACAGAUACAUUAUUGCGCUUAAAGAGCAUGUGCCUAGAAGUGCUCACCCGUAUAAUCUCCACAGAAAAAGGUGAAGAAGUUGCAGAUCUCUUGACACAACAUGACGAUGUUGUUAUGUACUUAUUCACCCUCCUAUGUCACAAUAAGACAGCUCUCACUGCUAUGACGAUGCUAGAGGACAUGUUACAACAAAGGAGGCAGGUCUUUAAUCUCACAAGAAUCACAAACAUUCGCCAGAUAAUCAAAAAGUUAGAUAACAGAAAGUUGGCCAUCUUUUGCCGGGUACUUGCAGUAACAAUAUCAAACCUGGACAUCUAUGAAAACAAAUCUUCCCUAUUUGCUCAAAACAAACAGAAACGCUCUAAAGGCUUCGUCAAUGUACGAGAUGUAAAUCAAGAGUUACUUCUAAGUAUACCAGACUUGCUGGACAGACUGGUUGACAUUGCAUGUAUUAAAGUAUAUACCCCUCGAUAUCGGAGUAUGCAGAGUGAACUUGACUGUUGGAUGGAGUGGAUAGACAACAGCCUAUCAGACUGUGCCUUUGAUGAGCCAAUCACAGAUGACUGGGAGAAUUUCAUCGGAGGUAUAUCAGAGCCAGUUUCGUCAUCAGGCCCCAUGGUUCACCAGCCAGGUCUUGAAAUGGGAGCAGAUCUUGUCACUCGAGUGCAGGUUGUCUACGUACUUGGGCUAUUCCUAAUAGGCAAACAUAGGAAAAAAGUGCAGAGAAAGCUAGCAGACCUCAAAAUGAUUCCUGGCCUUAGUAAUAUGUUUGAUGAAUUCAUCUGGAAGUGUCAAGUGAAUACAAGGCACAGACUACGAGGCCACAAUGCAAGCUGUGAAUGCAGCCCAGAAGUUGCACUGAAAAUCCAAUUCCUACGUCUAGUCCAUAGUUUCUGUGACCACUCAGAACACAAACACCUGUUACUAUCCAAGAGUGAGUUAGCUGAGUUGAAGAGGAUUAACAAUAAAGCUGCUAAUCUCUCUAUAGACACCUUAGACAAUGUCAAUCAAGAUAAUGUGUGCAGGGGUGGAAAGGGUCUACUGACCAAGAUUGUUGAAGUCAUGAAAAAAGAGCCAACUGCAUCAACAUUCAGGUUUUGGUUAGCAAGAGCUGUUGAGAGCUAUUUAAGAGGCAGCACAUCUUACUGCGACCAGGUCUUCUUAUUAAGGAGAGGUCUUCUUACUCACAUUUCAAGCAACAUUAUAGACCAUGAUAUCCGUCCCAAAGAGAUUCUCCAGAGCAGCUUUGAUCUCCUGGGAGAGCUCAUCAAGUUCAACAUUGACUCUUUCAGGGCUUUCGAUAAGGUGCUAGACACAGAUGCCAAGUUUGACAGGUUCAUUUCCAUCAUGAACCGCAGUCUUGUUGACUCCAACAUGUUCCUCAGGGCCCUCAUCUUGUCACUGGAUGAUUUCACCAACAAAACUAAAGGCCAAGAGUACAAGAGUGAUGACAAUCGUCUGUUGAAACAUAUCUCUAACUUUGGUCAGCAGAUGAUGUACUUACAUAAACUCAUCAACAUCAUUAAUGUCCAGAAUCUCACCCAGGAAAAUGUUAGUUGUUUGAACACAUCUCUAGUGUUCCUUAUGUUCUCCAACAAGGAAAAUAAGAUGCCAAAGUACCUGAAGGCUCUGUCAGAGGAGAGACACAUAAAGGGAUGUGACAAAAAGGGAGGGAAUACUAUGAUGAAGAAUUUCAGGGAUCUGCUAGUAUUCUGGCAAGAACAUUAUCUACACAAAGACAAAGAUUGCAGUGCCCUAGAAAAGAGUUCCCGGCUGAGUUUUGAAUUUUGGAAACAGACUGUCAAUGAAUUAGUUUCUGAAGAUCGUACCAAAAAAUCUGCUAUCCUUCACUAUGUGCCACACAGUUACAACCUUCGCUCAAGCUGAUUGGUCGAUAUGUGACGCACGUAAAUGUGAAUAAUCACCAGGGCUGGGAUAGUAGCGUUCAGAAUCUCUUCAAUUGAGAUGAACUGAACUGUUGCCAAUGAUGUAUCCCAUAAUGCAAUAUUAUUUAAGCAGACGAUGAUGAAUUGUAAUGUAAAAAACAAUGUGGAUGAGUUAAACCAACACAAUGACUGUAUACAUGCGAGAUCAAAACAUCUGAAAGUGAAGAAAAUAGAUGCUAAAUGCGGAGAAAGAGGUGGAUCGAAAACAUUGAACACAAUGAAAGAAUGAAAGCGAUUAGAUACAGCUAAAUCUCAUCACUACAUGGAAACACAUGAUCUCUUUCAUUGCUGCUGAGCAAUAAUUUUAUCAUUCAUGAUUUUAAAACACUAUUUUUUAGACCAUAGUCUUGAAUGUCAAAAGCAUGAUGUAAACAUGAACGAUUUCAGCUGCAAAUCAAAUUCCCAACUUGUUUCAAAUAUCUUUUCACAGUAAAAAUGGCUGAAACAAAAUCAAGUGCAAGUGAAAUUUUAUAAGUGUCUUUCAGUAGUUUGCAGACAUGCAUUGAAUUGAAUUUUAGUGGUUCUAAUUUAUUUAUAAUUAAUCUUGUUAUGAUUUUAGAGAAAUUAGAUGAUAGUAUUGAUACCCUUAGUAGAAAAGUGACAAAAACCCGAUUUUAUAUUUUGAGUGAACUUAAUUUCCUAUUGAUAAGUAUGAAUGCAUGUAGGUUAGACUGACAUUGAGAAACCUUUGCCAAGC